CGGCUGGCUCCGCCUGCGAGGUGGGAGGACUAGUUAGCUGCGCGGAGCCGUGGCCGCAGGGCCCGGGAGCAGUAGGCGCGGACGGGCUCCCUCCGCCCGGCACCGGCGCGAUGUGGCUGUCGCUGCUGCCGCUGGCUGCGCUGCUGCUGGCCGUCCUCGGCAAAGUUUACAAGUGGCUGUUCGCAGGCAGCUCCCCGAACCCCUUCUCCGAGGAUGUCAAGCGGCCACCAGCGCCCUUGGUGACCGACAGGGAGGCCAGGAAGAAGGUUCUCAAGCAAGCUUUCUCACCCAGCCGAGUGCCAGAGAAGCUGGAUGUGGUGGUCAUUGGCAGUGGCUUUGGGGGCCUGGCAGCAGCUGCGAUCCUGGCCAAAGCUGGCAAGCGAGUCCUGGUGCUGGAACAACAUACCAAGGCAGGAGGCUGUUGUCAUACCUUUGGACAGGAUGGCCUUGAAUUUGACACGGGAAUCCAUUAUAUCGGAAGUGUGCAGGAGGGCAGCUUUGGCCGUUUUAUCUUAGACCAGAUCACUGAGGGGCAGCUGGACUGGGCUCCCCUGGCCUCUCCCUUUGACAUCAUGGUACUGGAGGGGCUCAAUGGCCGAAAGGAGUUUCCCAUGUACAGUGGAAAGAAAGCCUACAUUCAGGGCCUCAAGGAGAAGUUUCCCCAGGAGGAAGCCGCCAUCGACAAGUAUAUGAAGCUGGUUAAGGCGGUAUCCAGAGGAGUCAUCCAUGCUGUCUUGUUGAAGAUCCUCCCACUGCCCGUGACUCAGCUCCUCCUCAAGUGUGGGCUGCUCACCCGUUUCUCUCUGUUCCUCCGUGCGUCCACCCAGAGUCUGGCCGAGGUCCUGCAGGAGCUGCCAGCCUCCCCGGAGCUCCAGAGUGUGCUCAGCUACAUCUUCCCCACUUACGGUGUGACCCCCAAACACACCACUUUUGCCAUGCAUGCUCUGCUGGUUAGCCACUACCUAGAAGGGGCCUUUUAUCCCCGAGGGGGCUCCAGUGAAAUUGCCUUCCACACCAUCCCUGUGAUUCAGCGGGCCGGGGGCGCUGUCCUGACGAGGGCCCCUGUGCACAGCAUCUUGCUGGACUCAGCUGGGAGAGCCUGUGGUGUCACUGUGAAGAAGGGUCAGGAGCUGGUGAACAUCUGUUGCCCCAUCGUGAUCUCCGACGCGGGACUGUUCAAUACCUACGAGUACUUGUUGCCAGAGGAGGCCCGCUGUCUGCCAGGUGUGAAGCGGCAGCUGGGGAUGGUGCGGCCUGGCCUGGGCAUAUUCUCUCUCUUCAUCUGCCUCCGAGGCACCAAGAAGGAGCUGGAGCUGCCAUCCACCAACUACUACGUUUAUUUUGACACAGACAUGGACAAGGCGAUGGAGCGCUACCUCUCUCUGCCCAGGAACAAGGCUGUAGAGCACAUGCCCUUUCUCUUCAUUGUUUUCCCGUCGGCCAAGGACCCGACGUGGGAGGACCGGUUUCCAGACCGGUCCACAGGGAUCGUGCUGAUGCCCACCUCCUAUGAGUGGUUCAAGGAGUGGCAGGACGAGCCCCAGGGAAAGCGGAGCAGCGACUACGAGACCCUCAAGAGCUCCUUUGUUGAAGCUGCCAUGUCAGUUGUCCUGAAGCUGUUCCCGCAGCUGGAGGGGAAGGUGGACAGUGUGACUGGAGGGUCCCCGCUGAGCAGUCAGUUCUACCUGGCAGCUCCCCAGGGGGCCUGCUACGGGGCUGAGCAUGACCUGGGCCGCUUGCAUCCUGGUGCGAUGGCCUCCUUGAGGGCCCAGAGCCCCAUCCCCAACCUCUACCUGACAGGCCAGGAUAUCUUCACCUGUGGGUUGAUGGGAGCCCUGCAAGGGGCCCUGCUGUGCAGCAGCGCCAUCCUGAAGCGGAACUUGUACUUAGACCUUCGGAAGCUUGGCUCAAGCAUCCAGGCCCAGAAGAAGAAGAAUUAGUUUGGUCCCGGAGGGGUCAGAGGACAUCUGCCUGGGGCUCUGGCCCGGCCCCUGACUCACCCAUGUCUUUCUGCAUUAGUUCCAUGAUCACAUAAAGCACUCUAAUUUGUUUCUGA